GACCAGCAGCCAGCUGGUGGUCAUCAUGGUAGUCACAAAGGUAGAGAAUGUUGUAUGUCUGUACAGGGAUUAUGCAAGUUUCCCUUCUCCUGUUUCUGCAAGAAUUACAUCCAUCUCUGAUAAAACAACACAUGUCUCAGCCGUCUGGAGCCAAAGAGAUUUGGAAAGGAAAGAGAAUGUAAAGUUCUCAAAGACUUACUUUGUACCUGGAGAAGGUGCUAAGGAUGUUAUUUCCACAGCUCCGCAGGAAAUAAAGAAUGAGAUUUGGAAUGAACUUUCCCCAUCAGGUAAAUUGAAGGCCAUUGUUAGAGAUGCCAAGACAAAGAAAGGGGAUGAGAAACAGUUUGUUGAAAUAUGGGAUGACAAUCACAAGCUCAAAACUGUUGAUGUUACUGCCAUAGAUAAACAUGGGAAGAUCUACGAAGCUGGAGGCUUUGGUUCCUUGACAUGGUCCUUGUCAGAAGAAAAACUGCUGUACACAGCAGAAAUGAAACCAGCCAGAACAGCGUCUUACUUUGACACAAUAACGGUCACAGGUAAUGAGACUUCAGAGGUCAUCCAGGGUGAUGAGUUUGUCUUCAGAGAGAGUUGGGGAGAACAAAUGAUCAAGUGCAGCCAUCCAGUGCUGUGUGUGCUAGAUUGGAAGACAUCAGAUAUCAUGGUCUUGGAGGGCAUUCCAGAUGAUCUCUCACCUGGUCAGGCUGUGUGGGCCCCAGGUGACCAGGCUGUGGCAUUUGUGGGCUGGUGUCAUGAUCCCUGGAGACUCGGCCUCACCUACUGUGUACAGAGAAAAAGUCACCUAUAUCUGUUGGAUCUUGGUGGAAAGUCCUGCAAGAAGCUUUCUGCAGACAACUGGGCAUGUCGUAGUCCAAGGAACAGUCCUGACCAUUCUAAGUUAAUCUACCUUCAGGUUAAGACCGCCUUCACCCAUUAUCAGUGUAGCAGACUAGUCAUGUUUGACUGGAAAACUCAGAAGAAUACAGUCGUUGUGGAUAUUGUAAACAGUAAUAAAGAUAAAGUGUUCCAGGGUCUUUUCCUAAUCCAGCUUCCAUCCAGGUGUUGGUGUGCUGACAGUAAAAGAGUACUUCUGGACUCCUUCACCAGGAGCAAUAAGUUUGUCUAUGUUGUAAACCUGGAGAGUAAAGAAGUGACGGCACUUCCUGGAGAGGAGGCUCAGGGAGACUGGGUGGUGCAUGAUGUCCUUGGUAACAAGGUCAUUGCUCAGUACAGCUCACUGGAUACACCACCAUAUCUGGUUAUGGGGGAUAUUCCUCCUGCAGGCCAGGAAAGCUCCAUCAAAUGGAACAAGCUGUCCCAAUCUGUUAAGUUGUCGGAGAUCACAUGGAAGAUCAUAAAGUUUAACCCAGCACAUGAUAACGAAAAUGAGAAGUUCCCUGAUGUGGAUUAUGAAGGUAUCCUUGUUCUUCCUACUGGAUCAAAGCAGGAAGCCUUACCUCUGGUUGUAUUUCCUCAUGGUGGACCUCAUACCUGUUUUUCUUCUGGGUUUGCUUUGUACUUCUCUCUGCUGGCUAGGUGUGGAUUUGCAGUUUUGCUGGUUAACUACAGAGGCUCAGUUGGAUUUGGCCAGGAUGGAAUUGUAUCGUUGGUGGGAAAUAUUGGGAAGCAAGAUGUACAGGAUGUCCAGUCAGCUACUCUGCAUGUGUUGAAGUCGGACUUUCUUGAUAAAGAGAAAGUCGUUGUCAUGGGAGGAUCUCAUGGGGGGUUUCUAACAACUCACCUGAUUGGCCACUACCCUGGCUUUUAUAAAGCAGCUGUAGCCAGGAAUCCUGUAACUAACUUAGUAGCAAUGCUUGGGUCCUCUGAUAUUCCAGAUUGGAUAUAUGUGGAAUGUGGUUAUGAGUUUGACUUUGUCAAUUUGCCAAAUCCUGAUAUGUACAAGACGUUCUGGUCAAAGUCUCCUAUCAGAUAUAUUGAUCAGGUGAAGACCCCAACCAUGAUAAUGCUUGGAGCAGAAGACAAAAGAGUCCCUCCAAAACAAGGCGAAGAAUAUUACCGUGCCCUCAAAGCAAGAAACAUUCCUGCCAGACUCCUGGUGUAUCCUGAAGAUUGUCAUCCUAUCAUCAAGAUGGAUUCUGAAUCAGAUGCCUUUGUCAACAUCAUCAGAUGGUUCAGUGAUCACCUCUAGAAGACAGGUGUGGCCUCUUUUGAAUUCCAGCUGAAGCAGUUUCUACCAAUUCAAUGUGGUGUGUAGCUCACAUCACAGCACAGUCUGGAUUGUAACUGUGACUGAAGCUCUGACUCCUAGAUUGGAUGUUAUUUGAUACAUGCCUCUUUAUGAAGAUUUUCUUGAAAUACCAACUAUCUGCAUAUAAUCAGAAUAUUUCUUGAAACAAGUAAAUCUGUAAAUUCUUAUGUUCACUUAAUCAUUUUAGUAACAAGUAUAAUUUUUAUUUUGAACCUUAUUACAAGUAUUUAGUUUUAUGACAUACACAAAUUUUACCAUCAAUGAAUUAAAGAAAAGUGUUUACACAUGUAAGUGUAUACAGUACAUUAUUGACUGUACUUAGCUUUUUACUGAAGUUGUGAAAAUUACAUACUGGUAUGAUUAAAAGGAUUCCAUCAUUUGUAAAAGUGAUGGAUGAUUUAGCCAUUAUCAUAGUACCAUUCAUGUUAGUCGGAUAGAAUCAGCAUGUCAGGUUAUGUGAUGAUCUUCUCAGCAGUGGAGGAGCUAUAGGCAUAACGUGACCUUCUCAGUACAUGUAGUGGAGGAUCUCCAGGCAUAAUGUGACCUCAGUAUAUGUAGUGUAGGAUCUCCAGGCAUAAUGUGAUCUUCUCAAUGCAUGUGAUCUUCUCAGUACAUGUAGUGUAGGAUCUCCAGGCAUAAUGUGACCUUCUCAGUACAUGUAUUGUAGGAUCUCCAGGCAUAAUGUGAUCUUUUUCAGUACAUGUAGUGUAGGAUCUCCAGGCAUAAUGUGAUGAUCCUCUCAGUACAUGUAGUGUAGGAUCUCCAGGCAUAAUGUUGUGAUCCUCUCAGUACAUAUAGUGUAGGAUCUCCAGGCAUAAUGUGGUGAUCCUCUCAGUACAUAUAGUGUAGGAUCUCCAGGCAUAAUGUGGUGAUCCUCUCAGUACAUAUAGUGUAGGAUCUCCAGGCAUAAUGUGGUGAUCCUCUCAGUACAUGUAGUGUAGGAUCUCCAGGCAUAAUGUGAUGAUCCUCUCAGUACAUAUAGUGUAGGAUCUCCAGGCAUAAUGUGGUGAUCCUCUCAGUACAUAUAGUGUAGGAUCUCCAGGCAUAAUGUGGUGAUCCUCUCAGUACAUAUAGUGUAGGAUCUCCAGGCAUAAUGUGGUGAUCCUCUCAGUACAUAUAGUGUAGGAUCUCCAGGCAUAAUGUGGUGAUCUUAUCAGUACAUGUAGGAGCUCCAGGCAUAAUGUGGUGAUCUUCUCAGUGCAUGUAGGAGCUCCAGACAUGAUGUGGUGAUCUUCUCAGUACAUGUAGGAGCUCCAGGCAUAAUGUGGUGAUCUUCUCAGUGCAUGUAGGAGCUCCAGACAUGAUGUGGUGAUCUUCUCACUACAUGUAGGAGCUCUAGGCAUAAUGUAGUGAUCCCCUCAGUAAUGUAGGAGCUCGAAGCAUAAUGUGGUGAUCCUCUUUGCAGUGUAGGAGCUCGAAGCAUAAUGUGGUGAUCCUCUUUGCAGUGUAGGAGCGUAACUUAUCAGCUGUGAGUAGGCUCAGAGGGAAAUCGCCAUCUGUGACACACCCUAUGAUAAAGUUUGUGUUGAAGAAGUGAUUAAGAGGCCAGUGGUGUUAGUUAUUUUUGGAUGUGUUUUUGAAAAUUUGGACUUAAUAAUUGUUUUGAUACAAACUAUUUUUGUAAAUUCCCUGGUGAAAUCUGCAUUGUGAGGUCAUCAUUUUACCUGUCAUUAAAAUACAAUAUCAAUUUCCAUUUCUUUGUCAAUUGUCUGUGGAAUAAAAGUUCU